AUGGACAUCGAUACACAAACGGAAGUAGAACCCCACACCACUUCUCAAGGGGACAUUGAAAAUGGGGAAGACUGGGUUCGCCUCGUCAGCAAUGAUGGAUUCUCGUUUCUAGUAAGGCGCAAAGUUGCCAACAUGAGCGGAACGAUUGGGAAUUCACUUGAUCCUUCUAGCAGUUAUGCUGAAAGCGAAACAAAAACCUACCAUGCCACUAACGACAGGGGAAUCAUUGUUCAGAAAUUGAUUGAAUAUAUGAGCUUCAAGGCUCAUUACAGUAAGGCCAAGGGCGACGUCCCAAUCAACGAACUCAUGGAACGAAUUCCUCCAGAGAUUGUCCUAGAAGUACUUCUCGCUGCUGAUUAUCACGAAUUGUAA